AUCGAAGUUCGGCACAAAUAAUCAAACAUGAAUAAAAACAAAAAUGUACACAAUUAUAGACUAUCAAAAGGAAUUUAGUUUUCCUUUUGAUGUGUAUAAUCCUUCUCUUUGCUCAUCUAGUAGGUAGUGGAAAACAAAAGCCUUGAUCGCGUCUCAAAUAAAUAAAAGUUUUGUGUUUGGAAGAAAGAAUAUCCAUUUUGAAUUUGAAGACCAUUUUAAAACUUCAAUUUAAAAAUGGAAAUAGAUGAAAUGACGACUGAACAGAAUCUCAUUCGAGAACAAAGGGAACUGGAGUUACAGUUCGCCACAGUGAAAAAGAAACUUCAGGACAUUGAGGACAAAAUGAAAAGAGAAAUGCAGAAAAAAAUGUAUUGCCAGGCAAACAUUGAUGAAUUGAUGAGAAAUACUGAAUAUUAUUCAAACGCAGCAGUGAAAAUAAGAAGAAGGUUGAAAAAUACCAGAAGUGUUCUUUCUCAAUUCAUCAUGGCAGCAAAUUGCUACGAAAAAUUACUUUCAGAUUGCUCCGAAAUGUACUUCUUUGACGAACCCGAAACUGAGAUGGAGAGUAAAUUCAAUACGACAGAAUCUCCAACAGAUCUUCAGCAGCAAAUUGGCGACAUUCAGAGACAAAUUAGUGAAUAUUCUGAAGAAAUUGAUAAGUUAUUCAAUUCUCUACAAAUUUCAAGUACAGAUGCACCUCUAUCUGAAAAUAAUAAAUAAUAGCAUAUAGCAAAAUUGGAUUUAUAUUUCAAAUAAUUUCUUUCAUAUUUAUUAAUCAGAGUUGAUGGAAAAUUGUUUUUGUUAAUAUGUAGUUCUUAUUUAAAUAAGUAUUGUAAAUAAUAAAUAAUAAAUUGUUCUUUCUGA